GUCUAGGAAUAUGACAAAAUUGAAAGUGAAGAUGGUGAUAGUUAAAAGAAAGAAAUUAAAAUAAAUAGGCCGGGUGUUUAAUUAAUUAAGCUAGCAACAAUGGAAAGAAGUUCAUCAAGCGAUGAUAUAACAGGUUGGUUUGAAGAAGUGGCAACCAAUGCUGAGAAAGUUCAAAUGGAGAUAUUGAAGAGGAUACUUGAAAUGAAUCAUGGGGCGGAGUACUUGAAGAAAUGGCUCGGAGAUAUAGAUGUUGAAAACAUGGAUGCACACGUAUUGCAGUCACUGUAUGUAUCAAUGGUGCCAUUGGCUUCCCAUGUAGAUUUAGAGCCUUAUAUUCAAAGGAUUGCUGACGGCGAUACUUCUCCUUUACUCACUAAACAACCCAUCACCACUCUAUCCUUAAGCUCUGGAACUACCGAGGGAAGACAAAAGUAUGUACCCUUCACAACCCAUAGCUCUACCACCACUCUCCAAAUCUUCAAGCUGGCUGCAGCUUAUAGAUCAAGAGUUUAUCCCACAAGAGAAGGAGGAAGAAUUCUUGAAUUUAUAUAUGGGAGCAAACAAUUCAAAACAAAAGGUGGCUUAUCAGCAGGAACAGCAACCACACAUUACUUUGCAAGCCGAGAGUUUAGAAUUAGGCAAGAAGAAACAAAAUCAUUCACUUGUAGCCCUCAAGAAGUCAUUUUUAGUGGCGACUACAAGCAAUCCACUUAUUGUCACUUCCUUCUGGGACUCUUUUACUCUCCACAAGUCGAAUUCAUCACCUCCACCUUCGCCUUUGGGGUCGUCCAAGCACUUACCUUAUUUGAAGAUUAUUGGAGAGACCUAUGCAGUGAUCUUUCAAAUGGCACUUUAAGUCAAAGGAUCAUCACUAUCCCUAGUAUCAGGAAGUCGGUUCUUGAUCUAAUCGAACCCAACGAGAGUUUGGCAGCGUGGAUCACGUCCAAAUGUGAGGAGUUGGAGGGGUCGGGUUGGCACGGUUUGAUUCCAAAGCUGUGGCCAAAUGCAAAAUAUGUGUGUUCCAUAAUGACGGGUUCGAUGCAGCCCUACUUGGAGAAACUGAGACAUUAUGCAGGGGACCAUUUGCCAUUGGUUUGUGCGGACUACGGGUCCACUGAAAGUUGGAUAGGGGUGAACAUGGACCCUUGUUCUGCCCCGGAGAAAGUGACUUUCACCCUGGUUCCAUCGUUUGCUUUCUUCGAGUUCAUUCCAUUGUACCGCCCAAACCAUCAACCUCCUAAAGCUUGUGAUCAUACGGUUGCGGUUGCUGGUGGUACUGGCGACAACUAUUUAGAAGAUGAUCCCGUGCCUUUAUCCCAAGUUAAAAUCGGCCAACAAUACGAGAUUGUCCUUACCACCUUCACAGGUCUUUACAGAUAUAGAUUAGGAGAUGUUGUAGAAGUUGCCGGUUUUUUCAAAGGAACCCCUAAACUCAACUUUCUAUGGCGGAGAAAGCUAAUCCUAACGGUAAACAUUGACAAAAACACAGAAAACGACCUUCAAUUGGCGGUCCAAAAGGGUUCCCAACCACUUAUCAAUUCCGGAGCGGAGCUAGUUGAUUUCACAAGCCAUGCCAACAUUGUAAACCAGCCGGGUCACUAUGUGGUGUAUUGGGAAAUCAAGGGUGAGGUUAGCGAGCACAUAUUGGGUCAAUGUUGCAAGGAAAUGGAUGCAGCAUUUGUGGAUCAUGGUUAUGUUGUCGCCAGGAAAACUAACUCAAUUGGGCCCCUGGAACUUUGUGUUGUGGAACGAGGCACCUUCAAGAAGAUCAUGGAAUAUUUUAUUGGCAACGGUGCAACGAUGAGCCAGUUCAAGACUCCAAGGUGCACCACUAAUCAAGUUUUAUUAAGGAUCUUAAAUCUCUGUACCGUCAAGAGGCUUCGUAGUACUGCUUAUCAUUAAUUAGUGAUAGGUCACAUGAAGGUUAUUAGUAUAUUAUACAUACUCCAAAGUGAUAUGCAAUUUAAGUGUAAUUCAACUAUCAUAAUUAUGAGUGCUGCUUAAUUAAUUAGAACUAAAAUUGAGUUAAA